AUGGCGACCGCCGCCGACAUUGGAGUAGGUGUGGCGAGACUCAGCAAAGCGUGCACCGAGUGUCACUCGCGCAAAGUUAAGUGCGAUGCGCCUGUGGUUGGGAUACCCUGCGGCCGAUGUGCCAGCAAGGGAUACUACGAGAGUUGCAAGUUGGUCUCUCGCCAGAUACGAAAGAGAGAAUCCUUGUCAAAUCAUGCCGUAGUUGAUUCACCUGGCCUUUCUACUCGCAGGGUGCAGCGAUCUUCCACUCGACACACGCAUGGUCCACAUGGCCUUGGUGAACUUGGGAAGACGAGCUCGAUAGGCUCAGGCCGCACGCCCGAAAACAUACGAGACGUCUAUGCACUCCCACAGGCGCAAGCAGAAUACAACGGAAGGAGUCAUUAUCUCAAUAUAUUGAAGACGGCGAUGAAUGGCAGUCAGACGAGUGAAAGUCCCGGACUCGGGUCUACUGCCAACAGCUCCACCGAUAACACUCCACACUACCCAGAAAACACACAGGUCGGCAUGUCUGGUUUGGAUCCAGUGGAUCUGGAGUUUCUUAUGAAGAAGGGCGCAUUUGUGUUGCCGCACCGGGAUACCUUAAUGGUGUUUUUGACUGCCUAUUUUCGCUUUGUUCAUCCAUAUUCGCCCGUAUUGGACCCAAGCCACUUCUUACAGAGUUACGAGUUAGGAUCCUAUUCGCCGUUUCUCAUACAGACGGUCCUAACGAGUGCUACUCUCUACGUGCCGACUGACCUCCUCACCUCAUGUGGAUACUCAAACGUCACAGAGGCGCAGACAGCAUUCUUCAAUAAAGCGUUGCUGCUACACGACUUUCAAUGCGAGAAGAGUCAGCUAUGCCUGCUGCAAGGAUCCCUCAUCUUGGGUACAACUGCCUUUUUCUACCCCAUUGACCGAGAUGUUCAGUACUGGUUCUUCAACGCCGUUCGGCUUGCCACGAAACUGGAACUCCAGAAGCUUGAUCAAUUACGGAUUGCGGAUGCCCAGCUUCGCGGGCUGUACAGAAGAAUUUGGUGGGUGAUAUACUGUCGAGACGUGCUACUGUCAUUCCUGGGCAUGCAAAGUAUGCCUCUGGUCAGCUACAAGAAGAAGCUGCCAGCAUUGCCAACGGCGGAAGAUUGGGAGGUUCAAAGCGACGAAAUGCAUGCCCUAUUUUCUCUCGCACUAACCCGUGAACAAGAGCUUCACUUUAUCGAUUACUGUAACUUGUCUGUGCUAGGAAGGAAAUGGCUAGUCGGAAUAUCCGACCCCGAUCAGGUCAACGCUGAAACCAUGGCUCACGAGUUUCACGACUGGAGAAGUCAGCUUCGAGGAGCAACCUACGCAGACCAUCACCUUACCGACGGCCCCUACCUCACGGCCCUCAUCGCAGCCAGCUACCGGUUCGAGUGUAUCUUGUACAGGACUCUCAAGCUUCAUUGGAAGUCUGUUGAUGUUUCCCGGCACGACUGGGCAAGAGGUCGACUUCGAUGCUCUAUGUUUGAGCUUGACACGCUGUUUGGCAGAGCACUUGCAAAUGGUGAGCUUGGGAGCCUGCCCAUGUCAUUCAAUUCAAAUAUCCCAAUAGCACUGGCCCUCCACAUAGAGACCGCCUUGGAUGCUGUCGAGUCAAACGCAACCAAGUCCAUGUCGCUCAUCUAUAUUCGUCAAGGAUUGCUCAUUCUAGAGCAACUUCAGGACUUACCAGUCAUGAAGAGGAUAUUGUCCAUCUUUGAGUGGGCGUUAAAUCGGUUGGAUUUAAUCCCAGAGGCUUCCCGGGACAAGCAACUCAGUGACGGUAUUCAUGCUGGUAUGGUGCAGGACGGGUCUGUGGACCAGAUGGGAGCCUCGACGGAUCAUGAAUUUGGAGAAAUGCUCGAUCAGAUGGAGCCGUGGUUUGGCGAUUUCCUUGUGCUUGACUUCAUCGACAAUUUGAGAUCGAGCGGCGACAGAAUAUAG